CUUCGUGCAAAUCUAGCUGAGAGCCUCGAUAUACUUUGACCUGGAAUCGCCUUGAUUUGAUCCAUAGUAUUUUGUACUGUUUGGUUACUGCGUCACCGCCAUCAUGACAGGAUUAGCCUCUCUACCCCGGUAUAGCACAGACGACUUUGAUGCAGCCUCAGUUCACUCUGCAGCUCCCUCUUAUGUCUCAGAGGUGCCUUCAUACCGCUCUAGGACGACGCAUAGCGAAGCCCUUCCAUCAUAUGCGGCCGCAGUAGCAGGAACGGCAUCGCGGAGAGACGCCUCCAGAGCACAGAACUCUUUGCCCGGGACGCAGACUAUUGGACUACCGCCACUUCCGCCGCUCGCUUCAACAAGUGCCUUGAACACUCACAAUUACCGGAUCCCUACGUGGUCGGCCAACAACGCACCGGCGGCCCGUCACUACCGCAAUGUAGCAGAGAGGCGGGCUACGGACAGAUGGCUCCAGGCCGCAGCUGCGGAAUUGAUUGUUGGCAUGCGGGACUCUGCGAUCAAUCGACAAAAUAACAGUAGAGAGGCCCCUCUUCGCCCAUUAGAAGAUCCAUACUUGGUCGGUGAGCAAGCCGCUGCUGAAGCCCGCCGGCGAAGGAUUGCCAGCGAGGUUAAUGAGAGCAUGUUGAGAGAAGAAGAUAAGCAAUGGGACUGGAUGCUGGCCCAGAUGAAGACACGGGAAGAAAGAGAUAGACCUUCGACUCGGGUUCGACAAGAGGCAGCUCAAAAUCGGCAGAGAACGUUAUUCGGCCGGAUCGGUGGACGGUUACCACGAUAACAAGCACCACCACCCUCGUUUGCUCAUCCUAACAGUAGUACAUUGCUACCUGUCUUGUAUAUCGUUUGCUUUGUAAACCGUCUCAUACGUUGGCGUUCCUCCCUGACUUAUAUAUGGCUAGAUACCUCGUAUAUAGUGUACGGAGAAAUGGAAACAGUGAUAUUUGCCUGCUAGCGG